ACCAAUGAAAUGCAGUUUAGCCUUUGUGCUAGCUUUGGGCCUAUUCCAUGUUAGCUCAGCUAUGCCAGGACGUUAUAUACGGGCAGCCGACAAUGAUGAUGGACCAUUGGUAACCCUGCAAUUUGCCGACAAUGAAGCCGAUUUGAAUCCCAUUAAUGCUGAGGCCACAUCGGGCGAUGAAUUAGAUCGUAACAAAAGAAAAGUUGGCGGUGCUACAUUUGAGGCCAAAAAUGCUGUCUUAGGUUAUGUCUUCGGCAAAAUCGAUGGUUUCUUGGACACGAACAUUCGCAUCCUUGACCAAUUGGAUCGUGCCAACAUUGAGAAGAACAAGCAAUGGGAUAUUCCAAAGCCAGUGCCCAUCAAUGAUGUCCAAUCCUUGAUUACCGCCGUUGUCUCGCCCAAAAUCCGUGUCGUCGGCAACAUUGCCAAUGACUUGACCACCGGUGUUUUGACCACAAUUACAGCAUUCAGUGGCAGUUCGUCGGGUGGCAACUCCAACAAUCCCAAUGCUGGUUUGGGCAAUGUUGUGUCGAAAUUCUUGGGCUUCUCUGGACCUAUCUUGCAGGGAUCUUCAGGUGGCGGUGCUGCUGGUGGUACUACUCCAGCACCCGAUUCCGAUGAGGCUGGUUAUUAAAUAA